ACUUUCAGCCACUCAAUUCUCAAACUUAACAAUGGCUUCCACAGGUAGCCUUUUGUGCAAAUGUAGAGUUUCUUCUUUGAUAAGUAUCUCUUCUUUUCCUUUGAUGCAACCCAUAACCAGACCAGAAAUAACUUACUCCCAGAGACAUCUCAGUGUCGGAACUUCCUCUGUCCUAAGGAAUGUAUCCCACAACAUGAGCAUGAAGAAAGUUCCACGUAUGAUCACCAGAGCUAGCUCAGAACCGAGUGGCAGUAGCGAUGGAGCUCUUGGACAGAAUAAGACACCAUUUGGAUAUACGAGAAAGGAUGUUAUAUUGAUUGGAGUUGGAGUUACACUUCUAGGGGUUGGCUUAAAGAGUGGAUUGGAGUUCUUGGGAUUUGACCCUUUACAAGCUGGAAAUGUCGUCCAACUAGUCCUGGUUUUGGGUCUAACAGUUGGAUGGAUCUCAACAUACAUCUUCCGUGUCUCAAACAAGGAAAUGACGUAUGCUCAACAACUACGAGACUACGAAAGCAAAGUCAUGGAGAAACGGUUAGAGAGCUUAACAGAAGUGGAAUUACAAGUAUUGCUUGAGCAGGUUGAAGAAGAGAAGACCCGCCUGACUAGUGGUGAAGAGGUCAAAUAGAUUUUGUUUUCCUUGUGGCUACGUAUCGUUGGACCUUGUUAUCCAUGAAUUAUGGACUAGACCAUACUGAAGUCUGUACAGUGUCGAUAUAUGUUUGCCUAGCAUUCGAUGAUCACAUCCAACUUGAUAAAACAAUUCUGGAAUGAAACAGGUUCCACCAGGUGGGGACUGGGAGUUCAUGUUAUGUAAAUUGUUUAGGAUUAUAUAGAAAAUACAUGGUAUACGAACUAUUAUUUAUCGCUUGUGCA